AUGGGUGCAACAGAAGUCUCAUCACAAUACUUUCUACAGAUCCACAUUCAUGUAGGUGGCUUUGUUAUAGUUUUACUAAUUUCUAAGGUUAUUAUGACAUAGGGUAGAGAUAUUAAUAGGUAGAGGUAGGCUAUAGUAGAGAUAGGUAAGGGUAGAGAUAACGUAGAGUUGAGGUAAGGCUAAGACCAGGGCUCAAGCUAGGACUAUAAAGACAUUCUUUGCUCCGAAUAUCAAUUUAUGACUAAAAAUAUCAUUUUAGAGCUAAGAAGGGCAUUUUAGGUCGAAAAAUGCCGUCAUAAAUUAAACAUGUCAGUUAAAAACUAAAAUGUCAGUUUGAGAUUAAAAAUGUCACUAUGAAGUCAAAAAUGUCAAGAAAUUUUUUAAAAUGACACCUUAGUUUUUAAAUGACAUUUACAAAAAUAUGAUGACAUUUUUAGUUUCUGAAUACCAUUUUUUAUUCAAUACCUAAAAAUGUAACUUUAGUAUUAAAAAUGUCAUUUUUGGUCACAAAGUGUCAUCCAGAAACCUAAAAUGUCAUUAUAAAUUUAAAAAUGUCAUUAGAAAGUGAAGGUGUCAUUUUGAAACUAAAAAUUUCGUUUUAAAGACAAAAAUGGGAUGCCUUACUUAAAAAAUGUCAUUUUAAAAUAGAGAAUGUCAUUUUUGUUAAAUUUGAUAAAAGUGUCAUCAAAAGUUCAAAAAUGUCACUUAAGACUUUAAGGGUCAUUUUGGAAUUAAAAAUGUCACUUUUAAGCAAAAAAUGUCAGGUUUUACAUGGAAAAUGUCAUUUUAAAGUUAAGGAUUUGAUUUUUUGGUAAAAAAUGACAUUUAGAAACAAAAAACGUCUCCAUAUGUUUGUAAAUGUCACUUAAAAGUUUAAGGGUAAUUUUUAAAUUAAGAACGUCACUUUGCAGCUAAAAAUGUCAGGUUUUACCUGAAAAAUGUUCUUUUGAAGUUAAGAAUGUCAUUUUUAGUAAACCAAACGUCUUUCAGAAACCAAAAAUGUCAUCAGAAGCUUAAAAAUUUCAUUUUGAAACAUUUUAAAAUUAAGGUGUCAUUUUAAGAUUAAAUGUGUAAUUUUGAGGUCGAAGCCGUGGAUGUCACGCUUUACCUAAAAAAGUUCAUUUUAAGUAAAAAAUGUCAUAACUUAUCAUAAAAUAUGACACAUUACUUAAAACCAACAUUUCAGAAGGCCAACUUCCUACUCGCUGCGUUUCUCUCUAUUUGCUACAGUGUCUCGUUCGCUGCCACUCUACAACACACGAUACAAAAUGACCUAUGGGAUAUUGGGUAUAUUGGUGUUGGAGCAUCAGCGUUACCAUUGUUAGCAUAUCUGACACUUUUACUUGGAAAUGUGCUGCGGGUUUACUGGCUUUACAUACCUGGACUGUUUUACAGUGUAAGUUUUGAGAGGGGGGGGGGUGGGGGGAGGGUUAAUGUUGAGUAGAAAAAAAUUUUUUACGGACUCAAAAACCGCAAUUACUUUCUUUACAAACGCAAAAAGUCUAUCUUUUACUUUAAGAUAACUAUAGUUUUUGAGAUUACUGUAGUUUUUGAUUACUGUAGUUUUUGAAUUUCAGCUCACUGUAGUUUUUAAUAAUUUUUUAAUUUUAAGAUUACUACAGUUUUUGAUUACUGUAUUUUUUGAAUUUCAGCUUACUGUAGUUUUUGAUGAUUUUUUAAUUUUAAGAUUACUGUAUUUUUUAAAUUUCAGAUUACUGUAGCUUUUAAUGAUUCUUUCAUUUUCAGGUUCUCUGGUCAUUUGACCAAACUUGUGAAUCAGUGACCAAGUCUUGGGCCUACUUCUCGUCCCUAACUGAUAACAAGACCUUUACCCAAACUGUAGUAAUCCCAUUCCAUCACGACUUCUUGAACACCUUCGUGGACGAUGUGUUCGUCAAUGUUCUUCGGCCGACUCUUGGCUUCUCAACCUUGGUCAUCGUAUUCUGUGGCUAUCAAUACCUAAAAGAGGUCUCGGAAUCUAAAAAAUGUGUAGAAAUGAAACGACUUGACGACGUGGAAAGUCGACCAAUGUUCGACCGGACGAUGGAGGACGGUCUGGAACGGUAUGGCACGAUAGAGGACGGUCUGGACCGGUGUCGCAUGAUGGAAAACGGGUUGGAACGCUGUAGCCAGCCCCAAAGCCGAACUACACUAGAAAGCUUCUGUCCUUCUGUUGAACAUGAACUUAUCGACCGGUCGAAUGAAGUAGAUCAACGAGAUGGUCUGCCAAACAGAAGUCAAGUACUAAAUGUGUGA